ACCACUUGGAGAGCUACGUAUCUCUGUGCGUCUGCUUCUGACAUCACCCCUUCUGAAGUUACAGAUAUGGCAAUGCCUCUCCUGGAGACAGCUUAGUCUUCUUGAGACUGAAAGACUAAAGCAGGCGUCGUUAUGUCGCUCAACUGGUCGUCCAAGGAGCAGAAAACCCAGAACCAGCCGUCAGCGGGUGGACAGAAGCGAACGCGCAACGACGCGGGGAACAAGGUGACAGUGGUUCUCGGUGCGCAGUGGGGGGACGAAGGAAAAGGGAAAGUUGUCGACCUUUUGGCCACCGAAGCUGACAUUAUCUGCCGAUGCCAGGGAGGCAACAAUGCCGGACACACGGUGGUAGUGGACGGCAAAGAGUAUGAUUUCCACCUUCUCCCCAGUGGAAUCAUAAAUACCAAAGGCAUUUCACUCAUCGGUAAUGGAGUGGUCAUACAUCUACCUGGACUGUUUGAAGAGGGAGAUAAAAAUGAGAAGAAAGGUCUGAAAGGCUGGGAGAAGAGACUGAUAGUUUCAGAUAGAGCUCACCUUGUCUUUGACUUCCACCAAGUUGUUGAUGGCUUACAGGAGACAGAAAGACAAGCACAGGAAGGAAAGAACAUUGGAACAACAAAAAAGGGCAUUGGUCCAGCAUAUUCCAGCAAAGCUUCUCGCAUUGGGCUGCGUGUAUGUGACCUGUUGGGCGACUUCAGCGACUUCUCCACCAGAUUUAAGAAUCUUGUGCAUCAUUAUCAGUCCAUGUAUCCCUCCUUGACAGUUGAUGCUGAUGACCAACUAAAAAAACUAAAGGAUUUUGCAGAGCGAUUGCGCCCAAUGGUCAGAGAUGGAGUCUAUUACAUGUAUGAAGCUCUUCAUGGACCUCCAAAGAAGAUUCUGGUUGAAGGGGCCAAUGCUGCUCUUCUUGAUAUUGACUUUGGCACAUAUCCUUUUGUGACUUCAUCAAACUGCACCGUGGGAGGGGUGUGCACUGGACUCGGCAUCCCGCCACUCAAUAUUGGCGAUGUGUUUGGUGUAUCCAAGGCCUACACCACCAGAGUGGGAAUUGGAGCCUUUCCCACAGAACAACUAAAUGCAGUUGGAGAGUUACUCCAGACAAGAGGUCAUGAAGUUGGCGUGACCACAGGAAGGAAGCGGCGCUGCGGCUGGUUGGAUCUUGUCAUUCUCAGAUAUGCUCAUAUGAUUAAUGGCUUUACUGCCAUUGCUUUGACAAAACUUGAUAUUCUGGAUGUGCUUGAUGAAAUUAAAGUCGGAGUUGCCUAUAAACUUAGUGGGAAGAGAAUCCCUCAUUUCCCAGCCAACAUGGACGUUUUGCACAAAGUGGAGGUAGAAUAUGAGACCUUCCUGGGUUGGAAGACAGACACAUCUGCAGCCAGGAAGUGGAAUGAUCUCCCAGCCAAGGCACAGAACUACAUCCGUUUCAUUGAGAACCACAUUGGAGUCCCCAUCAAGUGGGUUGGUGUUGGAAAGUCCAGAGAGUGCAUGAUCCAGAUGUUCUAAACCAAAAUACAACUCACAGAAGAAAGAACUGGCACAAAGGGGCAUGUUUUAUCCACAAAGAAAUGUUCUCUUUGAAAAACAUUAAAAACGAUGUGUAUACAACAAA